AAUGAACCUUUUGCGCAACGGUACUCUAAUCGGAACAGUAUUCGUGAUUAAAGCGCAUCAAAUGUGUCGUUGCGAACGAUACACACAUACAACAAUAUCGUCUAUCGAGGAUUGGGGAAUCGUAUAGGAUGGAAAUUCGAGCUUUCACAAUCUGAAUCGCGCUAUGCCUCGAAAGACGAUGGAUACGUAUCGACGAUCUCGUUAAGGUGCGCGUACAUUUUCCUUCCGUUGUUUGUUUUUCUGUCUCUCGUCACGUCUUCGUUCGAUUUUUUCGUUCUCUCGCUAUAUAAUUGCAACCCUUAAGCUACUUAUCCCCCAUUUUCAUCCGCCGGGUAAAAAAGAGUUGAGCUCUUUACCCUCACAGUUCCUCCACCCUUUCCGUCUCUCUCUCUUCCUCUUUUCCUCUCUCUUCUUCUCUCUCUCGUACUUCCUCGCUCUUUCCCUCUGCUCCCCCUCUCUAUUUGUCUCUUUCUCUGAGUCUAAUUUUCUCCCCUCUCUUUCGGGACGUUGCUGAUUUUUCUUUCUUUUUAUUAAAUGUACACGAUAACAAGACAAUUUUCGAUUCUCUCGCGCAUUGUGAACGUGGAUGAGUAAUCGUGGUUUCACACGGUGGCCGAUCAUCUUCGGCUGGUCUGCCUGGAAAGCGAAGAGAACGUGAAUGGUCCUUACAUUUUACUGGUGUCAAUGUACACACGGUGCAACGUUAUUGUAACAUUGGCCGUCACCGAGCACUUCUAACUGAGAUCCCCGAAGUUCAGACAGAAAAUUCGACAUGAUGAAGGGUAGUGGUAUGCUAAAAAAAGAGAGCAAAAUGCGCAUACGUGCUUUUCCGACUACUAUGGAUGAGAAGUAUGUAGAAAGUAUCUGGGCCUUACUAAAAAAUGCCAUUCAGGAAAUUCAAAAGAAAAACAAUUCUGGUCUUAGUUUUGAAGAACUUUAUCGAAAUGCUUACACUAUGGUCCUCCAUAAAUAUGGAGAACGUUUAUAUACAGGUCUGAAGGAAGUUGUAACAUAUCACCUUGAGAACAAAGUACGAGAAGAUGUACUAAGGUCUCUUCAUAACAAUUUCCUUCAAACAUUAAGCCAAGCUUGGAACGAUCAUCAAACAUCUAUGGUGAUGAUUAGAGAUAUUCUAAUGUAUAUGGAUAGAGUAUACGUGCAGCAAAAUGAUGUAGACAAUGUGUAUAAUUUGGGGCUUAUCAUAUUCAGAGAUCAGGUGGUCAGGUAUGGGUGUGUUAGAGAUCAUUUAAGGGAAACUUUACUAGAUAUGGUAGGAAGAGAAAGAAGGGGAGAAGUAGUAGAUCGCAUUGCAAUAAAAAAUGCCUGUCAAAUGUUAAUGUUACUUGGCAUUAACAGUCGUCAAGUUUAUGAAGAAGAUUUUGAAAGGCCUUUUUUACAACAGAGCGCGGAAUUUUAUAAAAUGGAAUCUCAGAAAUUCUUGGCAGAAAAUAGUGCAUCGGUAUAUAUAAAAAAAGUUGAGGCUAGAAUUUGCGAAGAAUCGGAAAGAGCAAAACAUUAUUUAGACGAAUCUACCGAACCUCGAAUAGUAGAAGUUGUAGAGGAAGAAUUAAUUAAAAUUCAUAUGAAAACUAUUGUAGAGAUGGAAAACAGUGGCGUAGUUCACAUGCUUAAAAACCAAAAAACUGAAGAUUUAGGUUGUAUGUACAAAUUAUUUUCGAGAGUUUCGGCCGGAUUGCGUACGGUAUGCGAUUGCGUCUCACAAUUUCUCAAAGAACAAGGGCGUGCCAUGGUUCAGGAGGAACACGAGUCUACAACAAAUGCAGUAUUGUACAUUCAGAAUUUGUUAGAUCUAAAAGAUCGUUUCGACCACUUCCUUCAUUACUCGUUUAAUAACGAUAAGAAUUACAAGCAAAUGAUUGCCUCUGAUUUCGAAUACUUCCUAAAUUUAAAUACAAAGAGUCCAGAGUAUCUUUCGCUCUUUAUCGACGACAAGCUGAAGAAGGGUGUCAAAGGGAUGACAGAACAAGAAAUAGAGGGUAUUCUGGACAAAACCAUGGUUCUGUUUCGAUUCCUUCAAGAGAAAGACGUAUUUGAACGGUACUAUAAGCAGCACUUAGCUAAACGUCUUCUUUUAAACAAGUCUGUCUCUGAUGACAGUGAGAAGAACAUGAUAUCUAAACUUAAGACUGAAUGUGGAUGUCAGUUCACGUCCAAAUUGGAGGGAAUGUUCAAAGACAUAACAGUCAGUAAUACUAUAAUGGAUGAAUUUAAAGAUCACGUCCUUACAUCUAAUGCAAAGUUGCACGGCGUUGACAUAAGCGUCAGGGUUCUAACAACUGGUUUCUGGCCAACGCAAUCGGCGACUCCAAAAUGCAACAUGCCAUCCGCCCCACGAGACGCCUUCGAUGCCUUCCGUCGUUUCUACCUUGCUAAACAUAGCGGUCGACAGUUAACGUUACAGCCGCAAUUAGGUUCCGCAGAUUUAAAUGCUAUGUUCCAUGGACCACGAAGAGAAGAAAGCAGUUGCGCGGGAUUGGACACACCAUCCUCCUCCAGUUUGAUUGGUAAUGGAAGCGGAAGCGCCAACGGUAGUCUGUUAAGCCAGUACAGCAUUAAUUUUGCGAACACAAGGAAACACAUAAUUCAAGUAUCCACUUAUCAAAUGUGUGUCCUAAUGCUAUUCAACAAAAGGGAGAGAUUAACAUAUGAGGAAAUUCAAGGUGAAACCGAUAUUCCAGAAAGAGACUUGGUUAGAGCAUUGCAAUCUCUCGCUAUGGGUAAAGCUACGCAAAGAGUUUUGCUAAAGCAUCCUCGUACGAAAGAAAUAGAACCUACGCAUUGUUUCUGUGUCAAUGACAGCUUUACCAGUAAAUUGCACAGAGUAAAAAUACAAACGGUGGCAGCAAAAGGAGAAUCAGAGCCAGAAAGAAGAGAGACACGUAACAAAGUCGACGAAGACAGGAAGCAUGAGAUAGAAGCAGCUAUCGUUCGCAUUAUGAAAGACCGGAAGCGCAUGCCCCACAAUAUACUUGUAACAGAAGUAACGGAGCAACUAAGAGGGCGAUUCCUACCUUCGCCAGUAAUUAUUAAAAAACGUAUAGAAGGUUUAAUUGAACGUGAAUAUUUGGCACGCACGCCAGAAGAUAGAAAGGUGUAUACGUACGUUGCUUAAUGCUCGAAUUCAAAUGUUGGAUCUGUACAAACAUGUAAGUAAUUUGUAAUAAUACAUAUUCCUUUCAACGUAUUAUCAAUAUCUUAUUAUAUAAUGCCGAUUAAUUUGUAUUGUUGCAUCAGCAGUUUACAUUAAUUAGAUGAAAUCGUUAUUGCUUUUAUUAUUGUUUCAUGAAUAUAAUUAAGAUUAUCGCGAUCAAGGCAUUCUACAUCAAAAGAACCAUGCAAUUCGGAAUAAUUGUCAAUAUUACAUUCCAUUUUUGCUCGGUAGGAUUUUGUUUGUACCAUAAAUUUCUAUCUUACAUUUUAGGUUUUGGUAAGAUAUCAGGACAUUUUGCUCAAAAAAUAAAAUGUGACGUAUAGUCAACGUUCAUUGUGUAUGCGUACGAAAAUUUAUUGAAAGAAUUCCGUUUGUUUUAAAACCUAAAAUUUAAUAUAGAAAUCCGCGUGAAAGAAGAAAAUUCAAAAUGACACAGGAACGCAAUUCGUGUUAUCGAUUGAUGUGGAUUGCCUCGACAUUUCAAGAAAAUGGUUAGUCAUGUUUCAUAAUUGAACAGUUUGGUGGAAAAGGUUGACGUGUAUUCGAGAGCUCUAGACUUUAUACUCCUAAGCUCGUAAGAGAGACUUACGAAUACGUUUUGUAACAUUGAUAACACCUUCUCCCCAAUUCCACUUCAUUGUAUUGUCGAUCAUAAGCGGUUGAAUUGAAAUAAGACUUGCGGACACACCAGCUAUAUUGAAAUACAUAUUGUAAUUUAAAUUCAAUAGCGUUUAAUUAAUUGAAACUAAACGUUUCUUAAUCAUACGAUUGCUAGACGUGAUUUACACAUCAGUCUUGUUACGAUUAAGGAAUUUUUCUACACUUGUAAAACUGUGAUUGUCUAUUGUCGUAUACAAACUACUCUAGAGAUAUACCAUGAACUUCGUUAAAAUAUUGGUAUUACAUCAUGAUUUUAUUUAUAUCUGUGGUUAUCCAUAAUGUGUGUACAUAUGCAGUGUGAAUGUAUAUCUAAAAAUAUAUUUGCCUCAUUUUCAG